UGGAUCUUUGUUUGACCUGGAAAAUGAUCUUCCCGAUGAGCUGAUCCCCAAUGGCGAGUUGGGCCUUUUGAACAGCGGUGGGAACCUUGUUCCGGAUGCGGCUUCCAAACACAAACAACUUUCCGAACUUCUGAGGGGAGGCAGCAGCUCUUCCUUAAACCCAGGAAUUGGAAAUGUGAACUCAAAUAGCCCUGUCCAGCAGGGAGUUGGUGGUCAGGUUCAAGGGCAGCCGAACAGUGCUAAUAUCGGUAAUCUGGGUGCUAUGGGUAAGAGCCCUUUAAACCAGGGAGACUCUUCUGCUUCAGGCCUGGCAAAGCAAGCAACCAGCACCUCUGGACCUACCACACCCGCCUCGCAAACUCUGAACUCUCAAGCACAAAAACAAGUGGGGAUGGUGACAAGCAGCCCUGCGACAUCACAGACUGGACCUGGGAUAUGUAUGAAUACUAAUUUCAGUCAGACACACCAGAGCCUUCUCAACAGUAAUUCUGGUCACAGUUUAAUGAAUCAGCCUCAGCAAGGACAAGGGCAGAUGGCUGGUCACACCGGACUGAACACAGCACAGACAGGAGCAAUGACUAAAAUGGGAAUGACAGGUAACACUAGUCCCUUUGGGCAGCCUUUCAGUCAAACUGGAGGGCAGCAGAUGGGAGCUACAGGAGUGAAUCCUCAGUUACCGAACAAGCCAGGCAUGGCGAAUAGUUUGUCUGCCUUUCCUGCCGACAUCAAGAGUACUCCCGUCACCAGUGUGCCAAAUAUGUCCCAGAUGCAAACCCAAGUACAGCAAGUGGGGAUCGUGCCGACGCAGGCAAUGGCGACUGGACCAACAGCAGACCCGGAGAAGCGCAAACUGAUCCAGCAGCAGUUGGUUUUGCUGCUCCACGCUCACAAAUGUCAGAGGCGAGAGCAAGCGAACGGAGAGGUGCGGGCCUGUGCUCUCCCGCACUGUCGCACCAUGAAAAAUGUCCUCAACCACAUGACACACUGUCAAGCUGGGAAGGCCUGUCAAGUUGCUCAUUGUGCAUCUUCAAGACAAAUCAUCUCCCACUGGAAGAAUUGUACUCGGCACGACUGUCCUGUGUGCCUUCCUUUGAAAAAUGCCAGUGACAAAAGAAAUCAGCAACCCCUUCUAGGGUCUCCAGCUGGUGGAAUCCAAAAUUCCAUUGGUUCUGUUGGCGCAGGCCAGCAGAAUACUCCAUCGCUAAGUAACCCUAAUCCAAUUGACCCCAGUUCCAUGCAACGAGCCUACGCCGCUCUCGGACUGCCAUAUGGCAACCAGCCUCAAACACAGUUGCAGCCGCAGGUACAAGGCCAACAGCCCGCGCAGCCUCAGGCUCAUCAGCAAAUGAGGACCAUUAAUGCACUGGGAGCCAACCAGAUGAACCUUCCUGCAGGAGGAAUAACAACAGACCAGCAAGCCAGUCUAAUUUCUGAAACUGCUCUUCCAACAUCCCUUGGGACAAACAACCCACUAAUGAAUGAUGGCACAAAUUCUGGCAAUGUUGGAAACCUCAGCUCAAUGCCAACGGCUGCACCUCCUUCUAGUACCGGGGUAAGGAAAGCAUGGCAUGAACAUGUCACUCAGGACCUGCGCAAUCAUUUAGUGCAUAAACUUGUCCAAGCCAUCUUCCCCACUCCUGAUCCGGCAGCACUGAAAGAUCGCCGCAUGGAGAACUUGGUGGCUUAUGCCAGGAAAGUGGAAGGAGAUAUGUAUGAAUCUGCUAAUAGUAGGGAUGAAUACUACCACUUAUUAGCAGAGAAAAUCUAUAAGAUACAAAAGGAACUAGAAGAGAAGCGGAGGUCUCGCCUACACAAGCAAGGGAUGUUGGGGAAUCAGCCAGCCUUACAGACCCCAGGCCCUCAGCCCCCUGGGAUCCCGCAGGUGGCUGCUGCCAUGGGCCAGGCACAGCCUGUCAGGCCACCCAAUGGGCCUAUGUCCAUGCCAACCGUGCCUAUAAGUCGCAUGCAGGUUUCUCAAGGAAUGAAUCAGUUUAACCCCAUGUCCAUAGGGAAUGUACAGAUGCCACAGGCACCCAUGGGACCCCGCGCAGCUUCUCCGAUGAACCAUCCUGUGCAAAUGAACAACAUGGGCGCCGUUCCUGCGAUGGCGAUGUCUCCUUCCCGAAUGCCUCAGCCGCAGAACAUGAUGGGAGCUCAUUCCAACAACAUGAUGGGUCAGGCUCCUUCCCAGAACCAAUUCCUGCCCCAGAAUCAGUUUCCAGCAUCCACUGGGGCUCUGAAUGUGAACAACGUGGGCAUGGGUCAAGCAACGGCCCAGGCUGGGGUGGCACAGCAGGGGCAGGUUCCCAGUGCUGCUCUUCCCAACUCCAUGAACAUGCUAGGACCGCAGAGCGGGCAGUUACCGUGUCCACCGGUGACCCAGCCGCCCUUACAUCAGACUACGCCUCCCGUGUCCACUGCUGCCGGGAUGCCACCUAUGCAGCACCAAACGCCAACUGUAAUGACUCCUCCUCAGCCAGCAGCACCCACUCAACCAUCGACACCGGUCUCCUCUUCAGGCCAAACACCAACGCCGACGCCAGGUUCUGUUCCCAACGCAACACAGACCCAAAGUACACCUACGGGGCAGACUGCGGCACAGGCGCAAGUCACACCACAACCUCAGACCCCCGUGCAACCCCCGUCAGUGCCAACCCCGCAGCCUUCGCAGCAACAGCCGACUUCCGUGCAGGCGCAGCCACCUGGCACUCCACUAUCCCAGGCAGCAGCUAGUAUUGAUAACAGGGUCCCCACCCCUGCCUCAGUUGCUAGUGCUGAUACGAAUUCCCAGCAACUAGGACCAGAUGCACCAAUGCUAGAAAGCAAAUCAGAAGUUAAAACUGAAGAAACUGAGCCAGAGACUAGUGAGACACAAGUGGAAGCUAAGACUGAGGUGGAGGAGGAUUUACAAGGAUCUUCACAAAUAAAAGAAGAAACAGAUGGGACGGAACCGAAGCAGGAGCCAAUGGAAAUAGAAGAAAAGAAGCCUGAGAUAAAAGUAGAGGCUAAAGAGGAAGAGGAGAGUGGCACCAAUGGAACCACUUCGCAAUCCACGUCGCCAUCUCAGCCCCGCAAGAAAAUUUUCAAACCCGAGGAGCUGCGCCAAGCUCUCAUGCCUACACUUGAAGCUUUGUACCGACAGGACCCAGAGUCUCUACCUUUCAGACAACCUGUGGAUCCCCAGCUUUUAGGGAUUCCGGACUACUUCGACAUUGUGAAGAACCCUAUGGAUCUUUCAACCAUUAAACGCAAAUUGGAUACUGGGCAAUACCAAGAACCCUGGCAGUAUGUGGAUGACGUUUGGUUGAUGUUUAACAAUGCCUGGCUUUACAAUCGCAAGACUUCCAGGGUCUAUAAGUUUUGCACUAAGCUCGCGGAGGUGUUUGAACAAGAAAUUGAUCCCGUUAUGCAAUCUCUUGGCUACUGUUGUGGGCGAAAGUAUGAGUUUUCUCCACAGACCUUGUGCUGCUACGGCAAGCAGUUGUGUACUAUUCCUCGUGAUGCUGCCUACUACAGUUACCAGAAUAGGUAUCACUUCUGUGAGAAGUGUUUCACUGAAAUCCAGGGGGAGAAUGUCACCCUGGGUGAUGACCCUUCCCAGCCUCAAACAACCAUCUCUAAGGAUCAGUUUGAAAAGAAGAAAAAUGAUACGCUAGAUCCAGAGCCGUUUGUUGACUGCAAAGAGUGUGGUCGGAAGAUGCACCAGAUUUGUGUGUUACAUUAUGAUAUUAUUUGGCCUUCAGGGUUUGUCUGUGAUAAUUGUCUGAAGAAAACCGGUAGAACACGCAAAGAAAACAAAUUCAGUGCUAAAAGGCUACAGACUACGCGUUUAGGAAACCAUUUGGAAGACAGAGUAAACAAAUUUUUGCGACGACAGAAUCAUCCUGAAGCUGGAGAGGUCUUUGUCAGAGUAGUGGCAAGUUCAGAUAAGACGGUAGAAGUUAAACCAGGAAUGAAAUCCAGAUUUGUGGAUUCUGGGGAGAUGUCGGAAUCCUUCCCUUACCGCACCAAAGCUCUGUUUGCGUUUGAGGAGAUUGACGGAGUAGAUGUGUGCUUCUUCGGCAUGCACGUGCAGGAGUACGGCUCGGACUGCCCCCCGCCCAACACCAGGCGGGUGUACAUAUCCUAUCUAGAUAGUAUUCAUUUCUUCCGCCCCCGUUGUCUCCGAACUGCAGUUUAUCAUGAAAUCCUCAUUGGAUAUUUGGAGUACGUGAAGAAACUUGGGUAUGUGACGGGACACAUCUGGGCCUGUCCCCCGAGUGAAGGAGAUGACUAUAUUUUUCAUUGCCAUCCACCUGAUCAGAAAAUACCCAAACCCAAACGUUUGCAAGAAUGGUAUAAGAAGAUGCUGGAAAAGGCGUUCGCUGAGAGAAUCAUUCAUGACUACAAGGACAUCUUCAAACAAGCAACCGAGGACAGGCUGACAAGUGCCAAGGAGCUGCCGUACUUUGAAGGUGAUUUCUGGCCCAACGUGCUGGAAGAAAGCAUUAAGGAGUUGGAGCAGGAGGAGGAAGAAAGGAAAAAGGAAGAAAGUACUGCAGCCAGCGAAACAACCGAGGGCAGCCAGGGUGACAGCAAAAACGCCAAGAAAAAGAACAACAAAAAAACCAACAAGAAUAAGAGCAGCAUCAGCAGAGCUAACAAGAAGAAACCCAGCAUGCCGAACGUGUCCAAUGAUCUGUCUCAGAAGCUGUAUGCCACUAUGGAGAAGCAUAAAGAGGUCUUUUUUGUGAUUCAUUUACAUGCCGGGCCUGUAAUUAACACUCUGCCUCCCAUUGUGGACCCUGAUCCAUUACUUAGCUGUGAUUUGAUGGACGGGCGAGAUGCCUUCCUCACCUUAGCCAGAGAUAAGCACUGGGAGUUCUCCUCGCUGCGCCGGUCCAAGUGGUCCACGCUCUGCAUGCUGGUAGAACUCCACACUCAAGGGCAGGAUCGCUUUGUCUACACGUGCAACGAGUGCAAACAUCACGUGGAAACAAGGUGGCAUUGCACUGUCUGUGAGGACUACGAUCUCUGCAUUAACUGCUACAACACUAAGAGCCACGACCACAAGAUGGUUAAGUGGGGCCUGGGUCUGGACGACGAGAGCAACAGCCAGGGAGAGCAGCAGUCCAAGAGCCCCCAGGAGUCGCGACGGCUGAGCAUCCAGCGCUGCAUUCAGUCCCUUGUCCACGCCUGUCAGUGCCGCAACGCAAACUGCUCGUUGCCAUCCUGCCAGAAGAUGAAACGGGUUGUCCAGCACACCAAGGGCUGCAAGCGCAAGACCAACGGCGGCUGUCCGGUGUGCAAACAGCUCAUAGCUCUUUGCUGCUACCAUGCCAAACACUGCCAAGAGAACAAAUGCCCCGUGCCAUUCUGUCUCAAUAUCAAACACAAACUUCGACAGCAGCAGAUCCAGCACCGCCUGCAGCAGGCUCAACUCAUGCGCAGAAGGAUGGCUACCAUGAACACCCGAAACGUGCCUCAGCAAAGUUUGCCUUCUCCUACCUCAGCAACGCCUGGUACCCCUACGCAGCAGCCAAGCACGCCGCAAACACCGCAGCCUCCUCCCCAGCCCCAGCCUUCCCCUGUAAGUAUGUCACCGGCUGGCUUUCCCAGCGUGUCGAGAACUCAGCCCCCUACUACUGUCUCAACAGGAAAACCCGCAAACCCGGUGUCC